AUGCCCCCUGGGUCGCUGACCCCGGAGGAGCUUCUCGGCUUCAACGGUCCUAUCACGCCCGAAUCACUCCUCGCGCCUCACCCACCCGAACCAGGCUUAUAUGACUGGAUCGACACGCCCAUGCUCGCGAUGCAAGAGUUACUCCGUCGUCCACCCCAAGAAAUCGUGGUCGCGCCUGCUUCAAGUAUCUCGGAAAUCUUGUCGCAGUCGGAGAUAGAUAAUUUACUCGCAGUGUUUGAAAAAAAGUACAGCCCAUGGCUGCAUCUCUCCAUGGACCACCUACGCAGGCACCCAUUCCUAGAUCUGGCCAAAUGCGCCGUCGCUGCGCGGGACCUUGACCCCGUUCAAAGAUCAAACGUGAUACCCCGACUUAAUGCCCUCGCGGACUCUUAUAGUUUCAAGUUUGCGUUUACUUCCGCGCAGUCAAUGGAGACAGUCACCGCACUUUUAAUCCUGUCACUAUGGACUCCCCCACCUAAUACAGCUGACUCCCCUGGGCGAGAUAGCCGCAUGAUUGCGUCUUCAGCUGUUAGUGCCGCUAUACAACUAUCGCUGAACCAAGCAGUUGCGCAUGCGGUCCAGCUCAGCUCAAGUCGUAACGAUGUCGGUGAUUCCGAGAAGGAAUUAGCUGUCAAUAAAGUUCGCUUGUGGCUCUCUCUCCUGAGUGCAGAGUGGAUGCUAUGCAUGGGGACGGGUCGGACACCCACCUCCCAACGAUCUGAUCUUGACUACGAGGUAUUCAACAUCAUAUCCCCGCACACACUUAACAGCCGGUCCCGGGACCUACGUCUCUACUUCUUAACUCGAAUGCAGAGCCUCGCAGGCAAAGGUUUGCAAAUGCACCUGAAGGACGGGGAGAGGGAAGCUCAGGCAUUCCACGACGAGGUAGUCGAGAACGUGUUGAUUCAGCUCGAGAUCCUGUACACCAGCAUCCAGCCUCUCGGUGUUGCAACGGACUACGAGUCAUAUCACUUCAACGUGCUUGUGAUGCAUUACCACUCUUGCAGGCUGCUCGUACUCUACCACAUCCUGGGCGAGCUUCGACGGAGCGAGGCCGGGCGGAAGCCCGAUGCGCCUGCCGGCGCACGGACGUGGUACUCUGGUCUUAGCCGCGCCCACGCCCACGCAGUCCGCGAGUGGGGCCUAGAUGGGGUGACAACCGCACAAGCCCUCCUGAUCGCAUUCGUCUCUCACCCAGGGUCGGAUAGCGAGUUCCUGGCCACCGCGCCUGACAGCGUGUUCUCCAUGAUCCUAAUGGCCACGGCGCUCAUCGUUCUGGCGAAGACCUCUCUUCUUCGGCACUACCGCGGCGCGGAAAAGAUUGUGCUGAUCACGAGCGAAGAGCUCCUCCCGAAGGUGGCUGCGAGGCUGAAUCACAUAGCAGAUGUUUCCGAUAGCGCCCGACGAUGCGCAGACGUUAUUUCUGUGUUGCUCAGGACUUUCAAUGCAGAAGCGCAGGCCCGUACUGAGAAGGCGCUCCAAUGGCAAACGGAUGAACCUCAGAGGGAGCCUUCGAGACCUGCAGCCACCCCAGGAACGCCCUCGUCUAGCAGCAGUAGUGACCUCUCGUCUGCUCAGCACCAUGGCAUGUCGGAUCCGCAACUGGGGCUACCUGGCUUGACGUUCGAUAGUGUCUUCACUCAACACAUCAACCCAAGUCUGACGCAGGAUAUCAUGCUAGACCAGGAAUUCUGGAAUUCAUUUGCCCUUGCUCAGACGGCGCUGGAUCCUCAGAUGUACGUGCUGAUAGCCUGUCAUAGUGGUGCUAUCCUCUGA